UAGCCACCGUUAGCUUCACUCUCAGAACCAAACGGUGCAUUUUUAUUUCCACUCAUUAUUCAGUAAAUUGUGAAUGUUCGAAAAAGACUAAAGUUAAUUAGAUGCAGUUAAAACUCUGAACUAGUCUGUGGUCGUGUCCCGGUGGAACCGGACCCCCUGACCCCCCCUGGACCUCCGGACCGGAUCGAGCCGGUGUGACGAGGAUCCGAUUCCGGACUGAAGAUGAUCCGCUUCAGAUAAAACCUCCUCAAGGUCCAGAUAUGCCGUCCUUCGUCUUCCUGGACAAUGUGGAGCGUUAUAUCCGGAGGAGGACGUUUCCACUGAGUUCAUCUAAAAGCUCAAAGAGUGUGAUCAGAGCAGCCAGCAAACACUUUGUCUACAAAGAUGGCGCCCUGUUCCGAUCUUUCCGCGGCCGCCUCCUCCGCGUCGUCAGGAGCGACGAGGAGAUGCGGGAGAUCCUGACACGUUACCAUGACAACAACAACCACGCCGGCCGCGUCCGCGCUGUGAAGGAGAUCAUGCUGAUGUAUUACUGGGUGGGAGUGACGGAGGUGGUGAAGAACUGGAUCAGAGCCUGCACCGUCUGUCAGACCCGGAGUCUGGACGCCCCCCCUGACCCUCCGGUCCGGUUCUGUCUGGUCUACGGCUGCGAUGCGUCCAGCUACGUCCACCCCGAGCUCAGCUUCCACAGGUUUCCCAAGGAGUCUGAGCGUCGCAGUCGCUGGUUGACGGCGGCUCAGAGAGACGAAGGAUCCCUGAGAAUCAACUCGUACGUCUGCUCUCGACACUUCGAGCCGUCCUGCUUCACGCUGAGUGAAGACGGUCAACGGACUCUGUCCCCGGACGCUGCACCCACCAUCAGACCUGGUCUGGAGGUGGAGGGGCCUGUCCCUCCAGGUGAGGACGUCUUUCGUUCUGAUCCAGCCUUUGACCCGUCUCUCGCCCCCGUGCACCUUCAGGAGCAUCAGUAUUGCCUCCCGGCUCCGGACCCGGACCACGAGGAGGACCAGAAGACGAGGAGCAUCAUCGAGCCCAAGUUUACCACCUACAACAACAUCGUCAGGUUUCUGAGUCGCAGGAUGGUUCCAACACAAAGCAAGAAAAGCAGAUGUGCUUUAAAGAGGAUGGCCAAACGCUUCGGCCUCGUCGACGGAGCGCUGAUGUAUACGAGAGUCUCUCCUCCACUCAGAGUCCCACUCAGCAGCAACGAGGUCACCUUCAUCCUGAAGAAGUUCCAUGAUGACCAGGGUCACUGUGGUCAGGGGCUCUGCCAGAGAGCCAUCUCCAAGCAGUACUACUGGGCCAGCAUGACCCGAGACGUGUCCCGAUGGAUCUCCACCUGCAACACCUGCAUCAACAGGACCAAGAGGAAGAUGCUUCGCUGCAGCAUCUACAACUGCACCAACUGCAGUGGGCCGGUGGAGAGAGGCCUGGGCCUCACCUUCCACAAGUUUCCUUUCCAGUACCCGUCCCUUCUGGCUCAGUGGCUGAAGGCCGUGGGCCGUUCUCAUUACCACCCUCGUCUCUGGUCGUCUGUUUGUUCGACUCAUUUCACCGACGACUGCUUCGACCGCAGUGGAGAGAAGGUCGUCCUCCGUCCGGACGCCGUUCCCACGCUCAUGGUCCACAGCGACUCCGCGGCCUUCUUUGCCAAGUACGACGCGGUGGAGCUCUACCUCAGCCGACGCACCUACCCCCCAGGACUGAGCUACGUGGAGAAGAACACCUUCAGGACGUUCUGCAAGAAGUUCUCCAUCAAAGACGGCCAACUCCACCUGGGAACAGGAGACCGGGUACGUUUGGUCCUGAGGAACCGGCAGCAGGUGGAGACGGCGCUGAAGGACUACCACAACGAACUCAACCACCUCAACGUCACAAAGAGUCUACGGCUGCUCAGCGACAGGUUCUUCUGGAAGACCAUGAGGUGUGAUGUGGUGCAGUGGAUCGAGAGCUGCUCUCAGUGCAGCUCGAAGCUGAGGAAGAAGCCUGAGACUCGUUCGGAGGCUGGAGGACCAGAGACUCUCAGGACUCCUGGUCUGGACUCAGACAGCAUGAAGGACAACAACAACACUGGUGAUGAAUAUGAGGACGAGGAAGCUGGAGGAGACACAGAGGGACAGUCCACAGGGACUCCAGAAGAUACAGAGAUCAAUCCUGCGUCUCCUGUGUACCCCCCCGUCCUCAGCACCCCGUCCUUCUCCGUCUCCAGCUCUGUCCUAGAAGCUCAGAGGGACCAGGUCCAGGUGGAGCCUCAGGAACAGGAAGUGAGGACGCCUCACUUUAUCCAGCCAGAGACGUGGUCAGAGACUCUGGAGGACUCUGAAGCCAAGGGGGGCGGUGGUCUGGAUCCCGUGGUGGCUCCGAGCUCCAAACCCUGGCCCGUCUUCACCAUCGCCAGCUCCACCACGGCUCAGACACAGGGACGUCCCCCAGAGACAGACAGCUCGUCCCAGACUCAGGGGACCAGUCUUCAGGCUCGGACCGUGGUCCAGCUGUGCACCGAGGCCCGGGUCCAGAUCCGAGCGGCCCUGGAUGGAGCCGAGGCUCAGUGGGCUCAGAUCCAGGAGGGGAUGGUGGUGUUUGUGUGUUUCUUCCACGGAGCCUCGGAGGACGUCACAUGUGAGAUGGGUGAGUCCUCAGACCGACCGUCCUCCUCCGUCUUUGAACGUUUUAAUGGUCUCCCCUUGGUCUCCUCCUCAGCCAGGACUCUGAUGACCACCAAGUUCUUCCGUAGAGACACCGGCCACGCCGUGUCCCUGCUGGAGCUUCCUGGGAGCGUUUUGUUCAUCCACCAGGACUCGCUGCUCGGGGAGCCGCUGGCCCACAGGAGCAGGCGCUACAGGGGCGGCUGUGAACCGUGGUGGGGGGUCCAGCUCUUCUCCAGCCUGGCGUCGGCCUGCAGGGAGCUCAUGUUGGCCUCGGCCAAGUGCAGGAAGGCCGGCGUGAGGGUGGAGCAGGGAGUCUACGGCCGCAAGCAGGAGAUGGUCCUGAAGUCCUCAGAGCCGCUCACCCAGCUGCUGCACUUCUGAUCCACUGCACACGCUCAGUAGCGUCUCUCCGGCUGGCCCCGCCCACUGCUUCCUGCUCAGAACAACAACUAAAAACUGGAAAACUUGUACAGGACAAAAUGUUGGUUUUAAAGAAAAGAUUGUUUUUAUCAUGUUCUACGUCUCAGACCAGUUUCUGGACUUGCCCCCCUUCAGGAUGAGAGUCAGCCGAUGGUCUGCUUCAGUUCCUCUUUAUUGACUUUUAUUCAGGAAAAUAAAAACUGAUUAUUAAAGAUCAUGUGAACCUGAUCUCACAUAAACCAGACCAGACCAAACCAAACCAAACCAGACCAGACUAGACCAAGGAUAUGAUGGACAGAACCGUUGCAGAAACAGAAACAGAGACAGGAGGAGGAGAGUAACUCCUGUGUUUUUAGGUCCUUUUUAAUUUAUAUUUGAAGUUAUUUUUAUAUCAGGGCCGGCUCAGAGAAGGCUUCCCUCCAGAGGCUGUUCUGAGUGCAUCUGGACAGACAGAGUACACGUAUUAACAAGCAAAAACAAGUAAUAAUAAGAAAAAUUAAAAAAUAACUUUAAUAAAUAAGAAAUUCAUCACUUGGCUACUGAAUUUCAGCACAAUAUCAAACUGUGUCAGUGGGUACAUAGCUGUUAAUACUAGUGAUGACUGUGGUAAAAUUAGUCUUCAACUCCACCAAACAAAAUGAUGACGUGAUGAAACUGAAAUAAAAACCAAACCAGACCAAACAUACAGGCAGAGAUGAUAACUGUGUAGAAAACGAGUGAAAACUCAUCACAAACAUAAACAGCGCCGAUGCUUUUCACAUUAAACACAGUUCAGCCAGCAAGCACAAAAAUAUUCAUCUGGUAAAUAACAAAACCAUCAGCUGUCUGUGACUGAUCCUCUGAUCCUGAGGUUUCACCCGUCAUGUGACUCAGCACCACAUUUUAGCAACAUCGUUGUUUAUUUAUUAGUUAAUAUUUCUCAUGUUCAAGAGAGAACACAAGGAAAUAAUUUUUAUUUUUCUUAAUUAUUAUUUUUUUCCUCCCUCCAGCAGAUGGCGCUCUAGGCUACCGCCUACAUCGCCUACGCCAAGAGUCGGCCCUGGAUGUCAAAAUAGAUUCAGUUGAGAUGAGAAGUCAAAAUAAAAUCUGAACUUCCUGUAAAA